UUCAUCGUCGUCCUGUGAUUUCAAUAAACUGUUUCACAAAUUAGGCUAUUAUAGGCCGUAUCUAUUUAAUCAACAAUUUACUAAAUAAGAAAAUGGGUACAACGAGCUUUAAAGUAGGAAAACAAGAUCAUUCCCUAAAUAGUGCCUUGAGGUCUACGUUGUUUUUUUCUAUAUUUCCGAUAUUUAAAGGUAAGAAUCACUCAAAUUGUCCCAAAGAGAAGCUGUUCAAAGAUAUGGAAUACCCAGGAGAACUCUUAGAAACCAUCUAAAUAAAUUAACUGCCGAUCAAGAAAAACAAUUUUCUGAAAGAAUAAUUCGUCUCUGUGAAAUCGGAAUGCCGCUAACACCCAUUUUAUGCUUCCAAAGGAGUCGCUGGUAAGCAUUGCCUCUAUGGGGCUUUGAAACGUAAUCCUAAUUUGUCUAAGCGCAAGGCGCAACAAAUGAAUCCAACCCGAGCCCAAAAAUUAAAUAAAUUUAUAGUUGGUGAGCACUUUAAUGAAAUGAAUUUGCACCAAAAUCCACAGAACGUUUUCAAUAUGGACGAAAAGGGAUGCCGAAUAACUAUUCAUCAUCAACAACUUGUUAUUCGGCAAAAAGGUGCCGUGUUCACUUAGUUGCCCCUGAGCACGCAGAAAAUGUGGCCAUUGGUGGGUGCUGUAAUUCCUUGGGAAAUAGUAUUCCACCUAUGUUCAUAUUUAAGGGAAAUGGAUUAAAGCCUGAAUAGGAAGAAAACCUACCACCAGAUGCCCCAGUUAAAAUGGCCGAAAAGGGUAGCAUGACCAAUGAUCUUUUAAUUGAAUUUCUAAGGUACCUAUAUCGUUACAAAGAUCCAGACACUAUUUUGCUAGUUUUUGAUGGAGCUGCUAGUCACCUGGACAUUUCCAUAACCGAGGUUGCAGACUGGUUGAAUAUAAGUCUGCCACCUAACACCACGCAUAUAGAUAAAGCGGUUUAUAGAUGAACAUUACGGGGACCAAGAAGUUCUCAGGUUUUGGGAGGCAAAACCAGAUCGUCGUAUGAACAAAUCUCGUUUUGCCAAAAUUCUAUCUAAAGUUUGGCCCAGAUGCAUGACCCCAGAGAACAUUUUAAGCGAUUUUCAAGCGCCAGGCUUGUAUCCACUUGAUCCUACUAUAUUUCCUGAAUCAACUUUUGUCCCAUCACUAACAACUGAACGUCUUUACGCAGAGGAUAUGAUGGAAAAAACGUUAAUGCUAAUAAUGUUAACAACUAUACUGAGUCCAAUAAUUGUAACAAUAAUAUUAUUGAUAUUAAUAUGCAAUCCAGCGAUAAUCUAGACGACUCUGAAGAUGACAUUCCACUUAGGAUGUUAAAAAAUUUCCAAGGAAAAGCCUCUAAUAAUAAACGAUGAAAGAUAUAAAACACCUGUCGAGACUGAUAAUACGAUCUCGGAUAAGGCGCAGCCACAAGAAGAAAGUAAAGAUCCUAAUAAGCCUUUUAAAGAACUUCUUCCUACACCGGAAAAUCCCUGAAUUACAAGGUACAGCUGGUAACCAAAGCCCUGUUUUUUUUCAAGUUCUAAAUCCAGACCUACAACAUCCAAAAAAAAUGAAAAAUUCGGAAUCAUCAUCGAGGGUUUCGUUAAGAAAGCGCACGGAAAAUGAUGUCCAAGAAAACGAGCCUUGGUAUUGCUUUGUGUGUAACAAAUCAGAACAAUUAGAUAUGCGAAACUGUGUGUCUUGUGGCACUUGGUGCCACGAAGUAUGUAAUGGCUUCACAAAAGACGACAAGGACGACUAUAUCUGUAUACCUUGUUUAAUUUGCGUUAUUGAUAUAAAAAUGCUUUUAUCUUGUUGGUUUAUUUAGUUCUAAAAAAUAUGUUUUAUGCAAAAUUGGCAUUUUAGGAUUUAUAGCUGUUUAUACAAAAAAUAUCUAAAGGUACAUUACCCAUUUUAGCCUUGUUUUAGGUGGGCCUUUAUAGCCGACCCCAAUUUUUUUGUGAGCUUUAUUAAACGAUGUUCGAAUAAGAAAGCCGAAUGACAGUUUUUAAAAUGUGUUAAAUGUUUUACAUGCCUUUAAGACUGAACGUGUAUCUGUAGUUUCAUUUAUGAGAGUCUGAAUUUCUCUGUGUUUGCCAAAUACAGCAAUUUCUUAUUAACUGGGCCUUAUUUGCGGCAGAUACCUUAUAGUAAUAUCCGGAUUAUUUUCCGAAUUCGUUCGAGACCGACUUCGUAAUAAUAACUUAUUUAAAACUAGAAUAAUUGUAUUUGUGAAAUAACACCAAGUUUUAAUGAACAGUUGGGUAAAUAAUGCUGUAUUUAUUUGGUGAUUAAAUACACGUCAUUCCCAAAAAAGGAAACCGUUCCGUCAAGUUUGACGUUAAAAAGCAUUGUCACAGGAAAUAUUUUUAAAAACAUUAAAAGCAUUCGAUGCUUUAAUGCAACCCUGUCACCACUAUUCCUAUUUACAAGGGGAUUUUGAAAAUGUGAAUCCGAGAAUACUCAAUCGCUCAGCACAGAAGGCUUACAAAAACAUCGACAGACAUUCAGACGAAAGAGUUUUGGAGCCGGUUUUCAACAGACUAACUUCCGCACAACCUAACAUUCCUGUCGCUAAAGUUGAUGUCACCAGACGUCCUCAAGGAUAUGGCAAGUGGGCCUUGCCCAAACUGAAAAGAGAACUUCACGACAAAAAUCCACAAAUUGUCGUUGCUGCCAUAACUAGCAUAUGCGAUUUGGUUCACGAUCCCGAGAGAGCUUAUGAAGCUAUCAAAAUAAAGGUAAUCGACAGAUUAGUGGAUUUAAUAAGACACGAAGAUGGUGCGAUUAGAGAAAGAGCGACAAAUACACUCACAGGCCUGGCAGGUUUAGCCGCCGGCCGAGAAGCUAUUGUGGGUAACAAGUUGUUACUUGCAAAUUUGGCGGACAUUGUAGAUGACGAAAACUUGGGUGUACGGAUUCAUGUUGCUGCUUGUUUAGAAAUGGUGGCCAGGUUUUGGAUGACUGCAGAUGUAUUGGUCGAUGCGGGUUUUAUCCAAAUCCUUUUGGGAACUAUUGUUAAUGAAAGGCCAGAAGUCGUCGAUAAACAAUUGGAUACACUCGAGUCUCUUAUUUACGGCAAAGGGAAAGAGAUUGUCAUACAAGAAGGCGGAUUCCAAACCUUGAUUAAAUUUUUGGAACACGAAGAAAACAGUAUAGCAGCCAAGACGUGUAAAUUAAUUGCGCUUAUGUGUUAUACCGAAGAAGGUAGAAAACUAUCCAAAGAGCUCGACUUACUGCCGAUUUUAAACAGGCUCUUGCACUAUACGGAGAGUGAAGUUCACACUGCCGCAGCUGAAGCUAUAAUGGUUUGUACCAUAACGAGCGAGGAAAAAAUAAGAGCCAGCACGAUAAAAUCUAUGAUGAAACGGUUGGUACAGUUGUCGAGAACCAAAUUGAAUGCCACCACUCAAGUGUUUGCAAUUAAGGCUCUGACUAGUAUUUGUGAACAUCCCGAAAUGAGGAGAGAAAUUAACGAAAAAUAUAAGGCACAAAUUGAAGAUAUUCAACUUGGUGAUUUUCCGAAUGCCGAUAAGUUCAAAGAAGAUCUUAUAAAAAUUGUAGAUUGGGUGCCUUACGAAUAAAACCCCAAUAAAACAAUUCCAAUUUUUCUUGUGCCACGUUUUGAAAUUUUAAUUGUGUUAGAUAAACAUAUACCUAUUCUAGUAAGUAAACAAAAAAAACGCAAAAAAUUGCAAUGUUUUAUUUUC